AUGGAAUAUGAAAGCCAAAAAUUGCUUUAUUUGCUUUCCUACUUUUUCCCCUUUUGGAAGGUUAAGAACUCUGGAAAGCAACGAGGUUUUGGGUGCUUAGGAGAAACUGCAAGGGAGCAACUUCCAAGCAAUGAAAGUGCAUUGCCGUCUGUAGAUGAGGCGGAGUACUCUGAUCAUCCCUUGUCAUCUUCUCCUGGGGAAGAGAAUCUGCCAUCUAAGGUGGCAGAACUAUCACCCUCUGUUCCUGAAUACAAUGAAACGAAACAAGAGAAUCUGCAAGGAGACCAUCAAUACCCUGUUGUUCAGACACCACCAAACUACAGUUAUGGUUUCAUGCCACCAAUUUUAGGCAGUCAGGUUGGAGCUUUUGAAAGCUCUGAAUCUCAGACUCGUGACAUGUCUCGGAUUUCAAACUUUGUUAUUCAGCAACCAUUUGAUCCAACAAGCUACUAUGCUCAAUUUUAUCGUUCUGGUGUGGAUGGUGAUGGUCGUAUAUCACCUUUUCAUUCAACGGGUGUUCAGGCCAAGUUCAAUGGAAAUGUUGCAGUAGUGUCUCCACAGACUCCACAGUCUAUUCAAGAGGGUGCGAACCCUCUUGUUUUGUCCACGACAGCAGCAACACCACUUGUGACUCAAGCUGCUGGGCUUGUGCAAACCUCUAUAGCUGUACCCCAGCCACCUCUCCCUGUAUUUCGACAACCAACAGGAAUGCAUCUUCCCCAUUAUCCACCAAACUAUAUUCCUUAUGGCCACUAUUUUUCACCAUUUUAUCCUCCUCCAGCAAUCCAUCAAUUCUUUAGUAAUGGUGCAUUUCCUCAGCAACCUCAGGCUGGCAGUGUGUAUCAACCUCCUCCAGCAGCAACUACCAAGUAUUCACUCUCACAGUAUAAGCAGGGAGCUAAUGCAGCAAACUCAACUUAUAUUGGAGUUCCUGGUAGCUAUGGACCAUAUGGCUCUGCUACUGCGAAUUACAAUCCUACUUCAACAGCAACAGCCGGUAACCCAGCAUCAAAUGAAGACCUUUCUGCAUCGCAGUACAAGGAGAGUAACAUAUAUGUCAGUGGUCAACAGAGCGAGGGAUCGGGUGUAUGGAUAAGUGCACCUGGUCGGGAUAUCUCCAGCUUGCAUGCCAGUUCUUUCUAUAAUCUUCCUCAGGGUCAAGUGACAUUUUCACCCACACAGCCUGGACAUGGAACCUUUGCUGGUAUUUACCACCCAACACCACCAGUGACUACCCCUACCGUUCACCCGCUUCUGCAGCAGUCCCAAAACAUUGCAGUUCCCAAUGAAAUGGUGGGGCCAACCGGCAAUGUCUAUCAGCAACCACAGCAUUCACAGAUUAACUGGCCAAGCAGCUAUUAAGAAAUAGUUUUUCUUUUUGUUAACCAGAAACAAAAAAGCAAAGCCGCAUCUUGGAUUUUAUGCAAUUGGCAGUGACUUUAGACGAGGAGGAACCCAUCCCACAAGGAUAGCCAGAUUAAAAUGGCGAAGGUGGGAAGAAAAAUGGGGGUAGAUAGUGUUUUUGGUUUGGUUGGACCUAGGAUGGAAAGAAGGGUGAGUUCCUCCUCCUUUUAACAGAUGGUGCCAAUUGUAAAUUAGUUGAGCUGCAUAUUAAAUUGUUUGCCUUCACAUAGUUAGCCCUCUUAAUAUUCAGCCUUAGUAGAUGGAAUAUGAAAGCCAAAAAUUGCUUUAUUUGCUUUCCUACUUUUUCCCCUUUUGGAAGGUUAAGAACUCUGGAAAGCAACGAGGUUUUGGGUGCUUAGGAGGUUCAAUUACAUGUUUGGUUUUCUUCGUUGUGCAUCUAGAGUUUUACAUGUAAAGUUGAUUUUGACGGCAAGAAAAGGAUGUACUCUAAAUUGUUGUAAUUGGUAUUUGGUAUAAGCAAAAAUGUGGCAUUAAUUGUUUUACUUCA